AGGUGUAGUUGUGAGUGUUUGUGCGUUCUUUAGCCGGGAGGGCUGAGUCUGACAUUUGGAACGUAGAGAGCAGAAGGAAUUGGGCUUCAACAGAAAGGCUACCAUCAAAAAUCAUCAUGUUGGUUCUUCUAGCUGGAAUCUUCCUCCUUCACCUCACCAGCAUCAUCCUCCUCCUAGUGGCAACGAUCGACAAUGCCUGGUGGAUGACAAAAACCAUGUCCACUGAUGUGUGGGCCAGGUGGAUACUGACCAAUGGAACCUGGAUCUCAAAUGAUCUCCCUAGCCACUACCCUCAAGACUACCUCCAGGCAGUGCAGGCUAGCUCCAUUCUGGCCUGCAUAUUCUCCUCCCUUGGCCUGUUUGUGUUUGUGGGACAGCUCUUCACUCUGUCAAAGGGACAGAGAUUCACCUUCUCUGGCAUCUUCCAGCUCCUAGCCUGCCUGUGCAUCAUGAUCGCUGCCUCCAUCUACACAGACAUCUUUCACAAGGGUGAAUCGGAUGGUUGGUAUGGCCACUCCUUCAUUCUGGCCUGGAUCUCCUUUGCGUUCACCUUCAUCUCCAGUAUCAUCUACUUUGUCCUGCGAAAGAAAACAGCAAACUAGAAGCAGAAGACUAUCCCAAACCCAAGAGACAGGCUCAAUAUCUUACGAUCUGAUCGUUUUUUGUACAAUUAGGUAUGGAUAUGAGUGUGGUAUACCAAAGGGGAGAGUUGUUAUCCACAGUUUUUCUGGCUUGAAUUUUGAUUAAUGUAUCUCUUUUGGUUCCCACUUUAUAUGAAGUGUGUAUAAACAUAUGGAUUUACAUAGUUAUAACUUACCUGUCCUGCCCACAUAGUAAUAACUUACCUGUCCUGCCCACAUAGUAAUAACUUACCUGUCCUGCCCACAUAGUAAUAACUUACCUGUCCUGCCCACAUAGUAAUAACUUACCUGUCCUGCCCACAUAUUACCAAGUCCAUGUUUAGUUUUCACAGGCUCUUAAUAUGAAGUGGGACCAAAUUUUACAGCGCUCAUAUAUUCGUUGGAGAAUGUAUAGGGGAGUCAGAGAGUGAAAGAGUAUAGGCCUACAGAAUCGUAUUAUUUCAGAAUCAUAGUCCUGAAAUAUUCUUGCUUACAUUUGAUUUAUUUCUCAAUUAGGCUCAGAAUAAAACAAGGCCAAAACACUCAAAACCAAAUAGAAUAAUGAAUUGACGCCUCACUAGAGUGCAGCAAACAGAAUCCAAUUUCGGAAACUGUCAACGAUCAUUACCCCGUUUGACUUACAGACCUACUAUAGUGUGCAGAAUAAGACAAAGAAUAUAAUGUAUUUGCCAAUGUCCAUACAUGGAAUGGAACAUUAGUACUAACCUCACUGCACGUUUGCUCGCUGCACAUUGAGAUAUAUGUGUAAAUAUGAACAUGUUUGGUUCCACAUUAUGCUUUGUAUGUUUAAUGCAAUGUUAUUUUUGUUACUAUUUCUUAUCAGUAUGAUAAUGAUAAUAAUUUGUAUUAAAACCUGAUUUAAAUCAAA